AUGACUUUGGAGGGCAUUCAGGAUUCUUCUGCUUUCCAUGCGCUCCACGGGGACGUAGCGACGUCGUCAUCUCCCGCAAUCGACGCGUCCAGCUCUCGUCCUUCACCCCUCCGUCCACAGUCGAGCCCCUCCAAUUCCGCCCCAAUCGUACCAAGCCCGCUCUCGCAGUCCGCCAUUCACCGCCGUGUGUUCGGCACCCAGCUCCCCGGCGCGCGAGAUACAGAGGUUGCUCUAGGGGAAUGGUCUGCUGAGAUAGGACGCUAUGGAUUGAGCGCUGCUACAGCACAACGAGCAACUUUCUUUGGGGACCACACGGCCCGCCCCUCGGGGGAUAUCAGUGCGACCCCGUCAGUACCGCAGCUGCAGAAGAACAACCUGCGAACCCAUGGGAAACGGCCCCUGGCUGACGAUAGAUACGGUAGUGACAACGCCCUCCGCCCGCGAAUGAAAAAGGCUCGGACAGGGCCCGCGCCUUGGAAGAUCGAUCUUAGCGAUUUCAAAGCCCCAGCAGCACCACCUCAGCUCGAGACCGUCACCUCGCCCCUGUUCUUCUCCCACAAGGAGAGGCCGCUGAUGGAGAGACCGCUGUUGGCGAGGCCGCCGAGCGUGUCUGGCACCGAGGCGGUGGGAACCAUGCUGAGCCGCGUGAGGGACUCGGCCGAAGUGACCACGCUCAAACUACCCAGAGGAACCGUGACCUCGGCCAGCCCGGCGAGGUCUUCGAGCACGCCAGGCAGUUGGUCUUCGAUUGAUGCCACGGGUUUGACCCGAAGCCCCGACGCUCAAGGAUCGACCCCAGGCCUGCAGUUCCUUCAAGGUGUCGGUGUCCUCGAAUUGCUAGAGAGAGACGACAGACCGACGUUCGUUAUCGAUGCGACAAACGCAACCCUUGUGUCUCCAGGGCCAUUUCCCAUUUUAUAUUCAAAUCCUGCUCUUCAGGUCUCGAACAGCAUUCGCCAUGUUCUCGCCGGGGACUUCACAGAGGAGGAGGCCAAGAGUGAUUUUCUCAUGUUCAAGUCAUGGGUGAAGAACGCGGGCGGUAACGCGGAUGGCUUGGACAUAUUUCUGCCCUCGCUCCAUUACGGCGGUUUCGAUUGGACUUGCUCCGUUAUCAGGAAUCGUUUUCGUUUUGUCAGCGCCAACAGGAGUGCGGCUUCGAUAGCUCGCACUUCUCCAGAGCCGCCGCUUGAGAGGGAGAACAGUGCCGAAUCCCGCGCUCGGGCGCCCAGUCCAAAUCCGCCGCCGAAAACGCCCAGCGAUAUCGCCGUACCUGAUGCCCCCGACUAUUUCAGCGGCGUGGCCAUGAACGUGGAUGCGCCAGGUUCUUUAGUGGGCAGUGAUGUCGGUGACCAGGUGCUCAUUCGCCGGCACAGCGAUUACUCUUCGGAGGUGGCCUCGAUUCCCUCCGAACAACCUUCCUUCGACUGGACACGGAUCCCCCUGACUAUGGACCUACCGUCCCACAUCCAAUUUGCCCGCUCACGAGACUGGGCGUCAACUCCCCUAGGACCAAUCGAGGAUUGGUCUGCCGACUUACGUGCUAUGGCCAACAUGGUCAUGGGUAGUCCGCACCCAGCUGCCAUGUACUGGGGUCCUGAACACAUCGCAAUAUACAACGAGGCGUACGUGCCAAUGGCGGGACAGAAACAUCCGUCCCUCAUGGGACAGAGCUACAAGGAUGCUUGGGCCGAGAUAUGGCCCGAAAUAGAGCCCGUAUUCAUCAGCGCCUGGCAGUCUGGGCAGGCUACCAUGAAAAAUGACCAUCGCCUCAUUGUGAACCGCGAUGGUUUUGAUGAAGAAACUUUUUUCUCAUGGUCUAUAGUGCCUCUUGUUGGCGAGGACGGCUGCGUCGUUGGGCUCUAUAACCCCGCGUUUGAGAACACAAGGCGGAAGGUCGCCGAGAGAAGAAUGCUUACUCUGCGAGAGGUCGGCGAGAAAACAGCCUUGGCGCGAGAUGUCAGGAGUUUCUGGUGCCAAGUUCAGCAGGGGCUUGAGUUCAAUGUGGAUGACAUUCCGUUCGCCCUGAUUUACUCUGUAUCCGAGGAUAGCGAGAGUGACAUGUCCUCAAUGCACUCGGGGAGUUUGUCCAACCCGCCACAGCUGGUCUUGGAAGCUUCCUUGGGUGUCCCCUUGGGACAUCCGUGCCUCAUAAGUUCUGUCGACUUACGAACUAGUGUCGAAGGAUUCGCCCCUUAUAUGAGGGAUUCCAUGGCUCAGGCCGGCGUCCCUAUCGUUUUAUCUAAGGAGGAUGGAACGCUCGCAGAGGACACCAUGGAAGGAUUCGACUUCAGAGGAGAGGCUACCAAUUGCCGAUCCAUCGUGAUCUUCCCAAUACACCCAACAACAGGCGGCGAAACUGUCGUUGGCUUUCUUGUCAUGGGGUUGAACCCCCAGCGACCGUACGAUGAUGACUACCAACUUUUCAUACAUCUUUUGUCCAGACAACUCGCGACAUCGUUAGCGUCCGUGGUUCUGUUCGAGGAGGAGAUCCGUCGGGGGCAGAGAGCGGCACGUCUGGCCGCUUUAGAUCGCCAGGAACUGACCAAGCAACUCCACUUGAGAACGCAAGAGGUGGAAGAGAGUGAGCUGAAAUUUACCCGAAUGGCCGAGUUCGCCCCUGUCGGCAUGUUCAUCGCAAAUCACGAGGGCCUCAUCGAUUUCUGCAACGAUCAAUGGUGGGAGAUUGCACAGCAACCCAGGGGCAAUUACAAUAUCGACUCUUGGAUGAAUGAGGUGUACGACGAGGAUCGGCCCGCGCUGGAAGAAGCUUGGGAAAGGUUGACAAAGGAAAAGGUCGCCAUCACACAUGAGUUCCGCUUCAAGCGCUCCCACGAGGACAGCGAUAACGUCAUUGAGAAUUGGGUGCUGAUGAGCGCCUACCCGGAGAAGUAUUACGAUGGCAGUACCAAGGAAAUAUUCGGCUGCAUAACCAACAUCUCGCAACAGAAACUUGCCGAGCAGAUUCAGAACCAGCGUCGCCAGGAAGCGGUGGAACUCAAGCGGCAGCAGGAAAACUUCAUUGACAUAACAAGUCACGAGAUGCGUAAUCCACUGAGUGCCAUUUUGCAAUGCGCAGACGAAAUCUCAGGCAUACUGGCAACCUACCGGUCCAAGAACGAUUUGACCCAAGACAUCGAGGCGCUGAGGCUAGCACUGGAGGGCGCCUUGGAAGCAGCAAAUACGAUUACCCUCUGCGCAAGUCACCAGAAGAGGAUUGUGGAUGAUAUCCUGACACUUUCGAAGCUUGACUCACAACUUCUUCUUGUUACGCCAGUAGAUGUUCAGCCGGUCGCCGUUGUCCAGCGCGUUUUGAAGAUGUUUGAAGGAGAGCUGAACACGAACGGAAUCGAGCUCACCUUCCAGGUAAAGAACCGCUACAUCGACAUGGGCGUUGACUGGGUCAAGCUAGAUCCAUCCCGCUUACUGCAAGUCUUGAUCAAUCUGAUGACGAAUGCCAUUAAAUUCACUCAUUCCCGGGAGCAGCGCAACAUUGUAGUCACUUUGGAUGCAUCCAAGGCUGUCUCGGAGAGGACCGAUUCGCAUAUUUCCUUCUUCACUAGUGAUCGUCCUGACAGAGGGGAGAUCACCGACGAUCCCGAUUGGGGUACAGGCGAGAAACUCAACCUGCACUUUUCUGUCCGGGAUACAGGCAGGGGUCUAGAUGAGCACGAGACAAAGUUGCUCUUCCAACGGUUCUCCCAAGCGUCUCCACGCACCCAUGUCCAAUACGGCGGCUCGGGAUUGGGCCUGUUCAUCUCGCGGAUCUUAACAGAACUGCAAGGAGGCCAGAUAGGUGUGGAUUCACAGAAGGGCGUUGGCAGCACUUUCUCGUUCUAUGUGCAAAGUCGUAAAUCCGAGGGCCCCAGCGACUAUACUGUGGCAUCCGCGCCGCCUCUUACGAGAGCUCCGGGCUCAUCCACAACAAUCGAAAACCGACAGCCGAAACUCGAUGGCCGUUCCCAGCUUGCUAAAGCGAAAGCAACACCGAAGCCGCCAAUCCCAGCUGGUCAACGCCUCUUUGACAUAUUAAUCGUUGAAGACAAUCUUGUGAAUCAAAAGGUUCUCCAACGCCAGCUGAAGAAUAGUGGCAACAACACACAAGUGGCAAACCAUGGCGGAGAAGCCAUCGAUGUGAUCAAGAGAUCCCGGUUCUGGUCUGGUCAAGAAAGGACAGGUACUAAUAUCUCCGUCGUCCUUAUGGAUCUCGAGAUGCCUGUCAUGGACGGCAUGACUUGUGCUCGUAAGAUCCGGGAACUAGAGAGCCAAGGAACCAUCGUCAGUCAUAUUCCUAUCAUUGCCGUCACGGCAUACGCACGGCCUGAGCAGAUCGAGGAUGCCAAAGCCGCAGGAGUUGACGACGUGAUUUCAAAGCCGUUCCGCAUACCAGAGCUUAUCCCCCGGAUUGAACAGCUUAUCAACAAGUAUCCUCCCUCCGAGAGAUUUCCGGCUUCGUAG